CYGGGUCACAGAAAGUUUAAGAGUGCUUUACAGGGGAGACUCACUUCUUUUUGCCUCAAUCUUUCCAUGCUGACGGGAUGUUACGGGCUUUGCUGUUUACAYUCUCUGUAGUUGCCAUUGCUCAUGCUGAGCUCUGCAAGCCAGAUGCACAGAAUGCUUUCAAAGUACGGAUUAGUAUCAAAACAGCUUUGGGAGAUAAUGCAUAUGCCUGGGAUGCUAAUGAAGAGUACCUCUUCAAAGCAAUGGUGGCUUUUGCAAUGAGAAGAUAUUCCAGCAAGAGCACGACUCAAAUUUCCAAUGUGCUGCUCUGCAAUGUGACAGACCGGGUGUCCUUUUGGUUUGUGGUCACAGAUUCUUCMAAAAAUGUGACAACUGUUCCUGGAAGUGAGGUAGAGGCAGCCAUCAGGAUGAACCGGAACAGAAUCAACAGUGCCUUCCUACUGAGCGACAAAACACUGCAGUUCCUGAAGAUAACCUCAACCUUAUCACCUCCUGUUGAACCCUCUACACCUGUCUGGCUUAUUGUAUUUGGUGUUGUUCUUUGUCUCAUUGUGGCYGGGAUUGUUUUCCUCAUUUUUUCAGGGAUUCAGAAGCACAAGAAAAAGAAUAAAGAGUCAACAGAGACAGAAAAUUUAGAAGAGAAAGUUGAAGUGACACUAGAAAAUGGGAUUCCUUGUGAAGCACUGGAUUUAAAACCAGGCCACRUUAAUGGAGUCUUUGCAGCAGAUGAUGAACGGUUCACAUCCCUAUGAAAUGCUGCCACUGCUCCCUGGUGGUUUUCUGAAAGACUCCUGUGCCUACGUUAUCUCGUCACUACUCCUGAAUGUCAAACAUGAAGACCAGAAAAAUGUCCUUUCACAUAAUUUCCCUUGAACCUUUUGCUGAUAACAUAUACACUUGAGCCUCCAUUACAAUUCUUUUUUCAURAGCAACAGAAAUAAGAAGCCUUCAGAUAAUAUCCAGAAAAGAUUUUCAGAAGAUAUGUGGCAGAACAGGGUUGGAGCCUACCUUGUGUCAGGCAUCUAAUUUUUAAUGAUUAUUUAAAUAUGUCCAUUGCUUCUUUUUCCCUAAGAUAAGUAUGAAACUGCAUUAUGCCUGAAUGACACUGGGGAGAUCAUCUAUCAUUGUCAAUUYUUGAUGGGUUUUCUUUCAAGCCAUAUACAAAAGUUUCUCUGUAAAAUGACUUCUGUUUGCUGCUAUGUAGUAUGCCUUUGAAUGGGACAGUGAUCAGUGUAUGAAAGUUUUCUUUUAUCGAGAAACAAAAAAGCUUUCACAGCCUCUGUAAGACCAGGUCAAAAUAGCUGGAUCAUCUGUACCUCUGGGACUAGCAAAAAUCUGGUUCUAGAGGUGUUUUUCACUUAACUGUCAAAAGUUGUAGAUUAUUUGAGCUGGAAAUUAAAAGUUGCAAAACUCUGAAAUUUGUUGAAACUGRAAGUUGCAAAA